ACCAAAGUCUAAAUCGAGGCAGUGCCGUCCAAUUAUACACUACUUCCGGUAUAUUGUACCUAAACUAAUCUUAGACGGAGGUAGCUAGCUCUAGGUAGUGACCUAUCAACUUUAUAUUUUUAUUCCUCCAAUUUUUUUAUUAUUCCUCUUUUACAUCUCCCGCCUAUUCAAAGCUUAUCGUACCCAUUCCAUUACUCUACCUCUCUCUUACGAGGUUGCCAAACAUGUCUUCCUGGGACAACUCAACCUCGGACUCGCGUCGAGGAUUUGUUCCCUUUAACAAGGGUCCUUUUGCACUUUCGCAAGACGAGAAUCCCCCGCCAAUGUCCCCCCGCGGCCCAGGAGCGCUUACACAGCUCAAGAGUCGUUCCCAUAGUUCAUUACACAACUAUGGGAGCACCUGGCGAGGUACCGUACCCAACGCCUUAGAUGAUGAGGAAUCUGCCCUGUUACCAUCCAUGUUCUCCCGUCCGCCUUCCGAACCCGACGAUGAAGCCCACCGCCGGUCACAGAGCGAAGAGCGUCGACUCAACCAACUGCUCCAUAGUUCAACUAUGCGUUCUAUGUUGCUGAUCGGCAAGUCGAACCCUCGGUACAAUUGGGAGCGCUACUGGAAGACGGAAGAGCAGCUGAAUGCCAUGAGGAAGCCCUUGCGCGAAUAUUACGAACGCACCAAUUACUUGGUCCAGCAGUAUCUCUACAUUGACAGGCUACUCGAUAGUAGUCUUCCUCACGAUCUGCUCAACGAGUAUAACAAUCUACCUCAUCAUUCUUUCAAGGAUGUCGAUAUCCCGGCUACCAUUUCGGAGGAGCAGUCAAGUGGCUCCAGUUUCACCAAAAGCAACAACGGCAGUGGUCAAGGGAACGUGGACUUACUUGGUCCUGCGACCCCUCUUACAAGCUUCUCUAGCCCUCAAAAUCCUACUUUUGAGGGCGGCGAGGCUAGCAACGAUGGGGAUGUGAUGCCACAGGGUCCGGUCGUAACGAAGAAGGUUAAGCGUACUCCUAAGGACAUUUAUCGUCCCACCGAGACUACACCUCUGUUUGAGCAAGACGAGGAAGAGAGCCAAUGGGAUGGCCCUAAACCCGAGAUUCCUUGGUUAGAAGAAGACGAGGAGCUAGACAGCAACGACAAGAUUGUCACAACAGCUAUCUAUGUUAACUUCGCAGCAAACUUACUCUUGCUAGUCGGUAAGAUAGCUGUUGUAAUCUCGGUAUCCUCAAUGUCAGUAUUGGCCAGUUUGGUUGACGCGGUGUUGGACUUCUUAUCGACGGUCAUAGUAUGGACGACGACCUGGUUGAUUUCGAGGCAGGACCAGUACAAAUACCCGGUAGGUAGGCGUAGACUGGAGCCCUUAGGUGUUCUGGUAUUCUCUGUUAUCAUGAUCACUUCGUUUGUUCAGGUCGCAUUAGAGUCGCUCCAACGACUGGCUUCGCCUGAUCAUGAAUUGGUUGAAGUUGGGAUACCAGCCCUUAGUAUCAUGCUUGGGACGGUCGUCAUCAAGGGAUUAUGCUGGCUAUGGUGUCGACUGGUCAAAAACUCGAGUGUCCAAGCUCUAGCUGAUGACGCGAUGACGGAUGUGAUUUUCAAUACAGGAUCUAUUCUCUUCCCCAUAGUUGGAUUUUACGCCAAGAUAUGGUGGCUGGAUGCUCUAGGCGGUCUACUCCUGUCACUUGUUGUCAUCUUCAAUUGGUCCAGAACAUCGGCACAGCACAUUAAGAACCUAAGCGGAUUCUCUGCCACUGCCGACCAGCGGAAUAUCUUGCUUUACCUUACGAUGCGUUUUGCCAAGACGAUCAAACAGAUCCAAGGGUUGAAUGCCUACCACUCCGGCGAUAAGCUCAACGUCGAGGUUGAUAUUAUCUUGGACGCAUCUACCACGCUACGCGAUUCCCACGAUCUCAGCGAGAGUUUAGGUUACGUGUUGGAGUCAGUCCCGAUCGUCGACAGGGCGUUCGUUCACGCCGAUUACGCGAGCUACAAUUUCCCCACGCACAUGGAACAGCAGAGCAGCUAAGGCGUUGGUGUUUAUGUUGAAAAGAUGCCAUGAUUUGGAGUAGGGGGCGCGUCUAAUUUAUAUCAGAAAAAGUUGUUGCAUAGCUCGGUUUCGCUUCAUUUAAGGCUCGGAUUUUUUACCAAAAAAAGGGAGCGAUGGUUAUAGUGGAUUUCCAACGACGAUACCUACCAUCGAAUCUGGUUAGCAUAGCAAUUCAUGACGUUUUGCAAUCAUUUCGCAUGCUGUCUACGCUCCCAUGUCCCUGUUUUCUGGUUCCGUAACCUGAUUACUUUCGGAAAUUUUCGCCUACAUCAUAAAGACUUGAUGGUAAAAUCACCUUUGCGUUGAAUCUUGACGAGGGAGGCCAUCAAUAUGAUGUCUUCAAACCGGAUAGGCAGGUAGACAACUACUUGGUAAUAAGAUAGCGUCAAAAAUUCACAGGAAUUAAGUUUAUCACGGGUAUGCAAUGGCCAAUCCUCAAUACAGAGAUGAAGCUAUGUAGAUGGUGACCGAAAUAAGCUAUAGGUGUAAGUACUGACAACCAAAUUUGACUGAUUGCUAUCCUUAUGCUUUCUGCUUAGAGACUAUCCAGGGAGGCCUAGCAUCAGCUGAGUACUUAUGAUGUAGCAUUCAACUGAUAGGUACCUAUAUUCUACAAAG